GAGAGACUUCUUCAGUUUUUCUCUUCAUCUUCUUCACUUCAUUUCGUGCCCCUGUAAGGUCUCUUUCAGAUUCUGUUUGACAGCUUAAAUAAACCUCGUGAGUAAAACUGAAUUUGGGCAAUUUCUGUUUGAAGAUUUCUGAUAAGCAAAAGAGAGGGUUAAACAGAAGUCAGAGAGGAAUGGCUUCUUCUUCUGCUCUUUCUAGAAUCUCGACUCUCCAGAAUCAUAUUUCCCCACUUGAAGCAAACAACAAGCUCAGGAGUCUGGUCAAGAUAUCUCCAGAAGUAUCUGACGCCAUAUCUAAUGGACGUGCCGUGGUCGCUCUUGAGUCAACCAUAAUCUCCCAUGGUAUGCCUUACCCUCAAAAUCUGCAAACCGCAAAAGAGGUUGAAUCAAUUGUGAGAGAAAAUGGAGCAAUCCCUGCAACAAUAGCUAUACUGAACGGAGUACCUUGCAUAGGUCUUAACGAAGAAGAACUAGAACGUCUUGCAUCUCUGGGAAAAAGUGUCCAAAAGACUGCAGGCAGGGACAUAGCACAUGUUGUGGCUAGAAGAGGAAAUGGUGCAACUACAGUCUCUGCAACCUUAUUUUUCGCUUCUAUGGUUGGCAUCCAAGUUUUUGUAACCGGCGGGAUAGGAGGUGUGCAUAGACAUGCUAACCAUACUAUGGACAUAUCCUCCGAUCUUACUGCACUCGGAAGGACUCCUAUAGCAGUGAUAUCAGCGGGCGUUAAAUCAAUACUUGAUAUCCCAAAGACUCUUGAAUAUUUGGAAACUCAAGAAGUGUAUGUUGCUGCAUACAAAAGUGAUGAGUUUCCGGCAUUUUUCACAGAAAAAAGCGGCUGUAAGGCACCUUUCCGGGUAGAUAGCCCUGAAGACUGUGCUCGAGUAAUAGAUGCAAACAUGAAGCUAAACCGUCAGGCGGGGAUUCUAUUUGCGGUUCCAAUUCCAAAACAGCAUUCAGCCGCCGGAAAUAUUAUCGAAUCAGCAACACAGCGUGCUCUUACAGAAGCGAGGGAACAAAAAGUUACUGGAAGUGCAGAAACUCCAUUUUUACUUGCUCGGGUAAAUGAAUUGACUGGAGGCACGUCACUAGCAGCAAACAUUGCGCUUGUGAAAAACAAUGCCCUUAUCGGUUCUCAGAUUGCAGUAGCUCUUUCUCAGCUGAUUUGAGCUUCCUCUCAAGCUCUCAUGCUCAAGCUCAAUCUCAAUCUCAGAUUCAGGUUCAUGAUUCAGGACAGAUCAAAGAUGUUUUGGAUUGGUAGUUGUUGAAUGUUUUAAUGUUGCUUAUCAAAGAUUUUUUCUUUAGCCCAAGAAACUCUUUUAACAUAUUUUCACAUGUUGUAUAUUUAAAUAUUUUUAUAGCAUGUGGAACCUGAUUUGUCUC